AUGAGCCUCGCGGCGGAGCGCGAGAAGAUAAAGUGGUCAUUUAAUCCUCCCUUUGCGCUCCACUUCGGGGGCCUCUGGGAGUCGGGCGUUAAAUCCUUCGAAACUCAUCUGCGACGGGUGGUGGGGGAUCAAGUCCUGUCGCUCGAGGAGUUCAUUACUGUUCUCGCUCAAGUCGAGUCCGUCUUAAAUUCCCGACCUCUCUGCCCCAUGAGCACCGAUCCUUCGGACCUCGAGGUCCUAUCUCCGGGCCAUUUCCUCACGAUGGAACCCCUUGUAUCCGUUCCCACUCACAACGUAACUCCGCUGCCGGUGAAUCGUCUGUAUCGAUGGCAGCUCGUUCAGCGAAUCCACCAGGAUUUCUGGAAGCGCUGGCACCAUGAGUACCUCCAUACGCUGCAACAACUUCCCAAGUGGUGA